AUGGCGACAACAGCUAAUCUGCGACGCCGUGGACUUGGUUGUGACAUUGAAUGUGCAAUCUGUGGAGGUGAGGAGGAGACAAUUAACCACGCUCUCUUCUUAUGCCCCCCGGCUAGGCAGGUUUGGGGUUUGUCCCAUUUCCCUACUUCUUCGGGUUGCUUCCCCUCGAAUUCUGUCUAUGAUAAUAUGGAUUCAUUAUUCUGGAGAUUUCAGGACAUUCCUUCGAUUGAUGUUUUCCCGUGGAUCCUAUGGUAUAUUUGGAAGGCCCGCAAUGAUAAAUUAUUUAGCAAUUUGGAUUCCAAUCCGGUCGCAAUUUUACAGAUAGCGGAAGAGGAAUCAAAGCUCUGGAGCUCGGCUCAGGAAGAACCCCCAGGAACUUUCCCUCAGAGCGAUCCUCGAUCUCUAUCCAGAUCUAGGGUUCCUACCAGUAACGUGGUUCGCGAGUAUGGAUCUAGUCAUCGAUGCUUUGUGGAUGGCUCAUGGAAGGUAACUGACCAGUUUAUGGGCAGAGGAUGGUAUUGCAUUUCUCCUGAUGGAGAAUCUCCCACUAUGGGUGCAUCCAAUUCCCGCCGUAGCUUGUCACCUCUCCAUGCAGAAGUGGAAGCCCUUAUCUGGGCAAUGAGAUGUAUGAUAGGUGCGGAAAAGGAGAAAGUUGUUUUUCUCACAGACUGUUCUAAUUUGGUGAAGAUGGUGUCUUCACCCUCCGAGUGGCCUGCUUUCAAGACAUAUCUGGAUGCGAUUGAAGAGGAUAAGGAGGAAUUUAUCUCAUUCGCUGUAGUGCAGAUACCCAGAUCACAAAAUGGUAGAGCGCACAAGCUGGCGCGUAGAGCUAGAGUGGAGUCGCUUCCAAUUACCUAUGUGAAUAAUUUUCCGUCUAAUCGGCUCGUUUGA